UUACCUGUCUUUGCGGAAACAUUUUAUCCCAAUCUCAGAAAGCAAAAAACGAUGAUUCUAAAAUUAAUACCAAAAGCUGUUUAACUAAUUAACCACUUGGAAAAACUCAUCUGUAAAUUCCAAUCUGUUAUCACUUUUUCCACCACCUCUCUAAGCCAUUAAAACCUCAAUGGACAACAUCUCUUUCCAAUCCCUCCAUUCCUUGUUCAUCUCCUUGUCUUCCUGAUCAAAGAAGUUGGUUUUUGUGUGGGGUGGGGAACAAACAAGGAACAACAAGCCAUGAGUCUCAACUGCUUGACUUGCCAGGUCCUGCAAAGAUCGGAUUCAAACAAAGAUAGGGAUUAUGGUAAAGAAAAGCACAGCAGGAAGUUUUGUUGUAUAAGGGUUGAUAGAAGCUGGUCAGGGAAUUUAAGCCCUGCGGCUUAUGAGCAAAUCAGAAACGAGCCAAUGCCGGUUCCAACAAGGAAGGGUCACCGCCGGCUAAAUACAAUUGAUACAACUUUCGGAGCUGUGGCGUUUGAAGCUGACGGUGAACCUAGAUUGGUGAGGAGCUGCGGGAUGAGGAGGGAUUGGAGCUUUGAGGAUUUGAGAGGAACGAGGGAUGAGAAGAUGAGAAAAGAGAUGAGAGUACGUUGAUUAUGAAGAAGAAGAAAGGAGACUACGUCAAGGCUACCAACUUCUUUUUGUUCCUAUGUACGUGCAUUUUGCUUUGAAUUGUUUCAAGUUUGUUAAAGGAGAUGGAUUUGUGUUU